UGCGCGUGACCUAAACAGAGGACGCCCAAGCGAGCGCGCUCAGCAUGUAACCAAAGAAUCUAAAAAGGAAGUUCAUAGCGUAACAUUAAGCCAAGGUGCCGCACUGAACUGGAAAACAACCUUUCAGGAGAAUUGCUUAAAAUAUAAAGAUUUGUCAUGUUUGAGACGCCUCGCAGAUCUGCUACCGUUUUAAAUGCCUGGUCUGGGAGCUCGGAAGACUUGCAGCAGCAGGCGCAACUGGUGUCUCCAGUCAGCACAGACAACACAGGCAAGAAAAAGAAGAAAAUGAAACCGCCGCAACGCUCUGUCUCGGUCCCACAGCUGUUCGCCUUGGAAGAUGCUGCAGACUCGGAGGCCGAGGAAAGGCGAACUGGAGAGAAAUGCCAAACAGAAAGAGACGCCGAGGAGUCGAUCCUUAGGGGUAUAUUUAAAAUAGAAAAAAAGAGCUGCGACGUAGAAUUAAGAGCGAGUAGAUUGGUAUGGACUCCAAUCCAGCCCGAGACCCCUACAGGAGGAUCCAAGGCAGGAAUGCUGUUAAAUGAAGAAUAUGUUGAAUUGAAGGAGGUUUUCGCUGUCAAGCUGAAACGUCGCCGUUCUGUGGGCCAGCAGAAAGGAGGGACUCUGCUAGGCAUAACCCUCUUUCACUGUGUGAAGAAAGGGAAGAAACUAAAGGACCAUGCCAUCCACCUCAGCAACAUGAGUGAGGACCACUGUGAAGUUUGGUUCAGACACUUCAAAGAUAUAUUAAAUGGAUUUCAAAACAGACCAAAGUCCUUGAAAGUGUUUGUAAAUCCAAACAGCCACAGAAAAGAAGCAAAUCAGAUCUACAGUGAGCAGAUUGCACCUCUGUUUAAACUUGCAGACAUCAAGACUGCCACCACUAUUACAGAGUAUAAAGGACAUGCACUUUCAGCUCUUAAAGAAUGUGAUCUGAAAGAAUUUGAUGGUGUAAUCUGUGUUGGUGGAGAUGGUUUUGCCAAUGAGGUGGCUUAUGGUUUACUUCUUCGAGCCCAGAUGGAUGCUGGGAGAGAUACAGACUCCAUCUUCACGCCUGUCAGAGCACCACUUCCUCUCGGCAUAAUACCAGCAGGAUCUACUGAUAUUGUGGCAUGUUCUGUUCAAGGAAUCAGACACCCUGUAACUGCAGCAAUGCACAUCAUUAUGGGCCAUUAUCAGUCAGUGGAUGUUUGUACAUUUAGUACUCACAGCAGGCUGCUUCGUUUUGGCUUCUCAGCUAUGUUUGGCUUUGGUGGGAGGACUCUGGCCUUGGCAGAAAAGCAUCGCUGGAUGCCUUCCAGCCAGCGGAGGGAAUUUGCAGUAAUCAAAACACUGACAAAUCUAAAGCCUGAAGAAUGUGAGUUAUCAUUUUUACCUCUGAAAAAUCCCAAGCAAGAAGCCCAGAAAACCACUAGAAGUAAGCUGAAAAGGGACAGCAGUAACCAUUUUGAUAAUGAAGACCAAUGGCAAAGCAUCCAGGGUCUAUUUCUGAACAUCAGCAUUAUGGCCAUUCCGUGUCUCUGUUCUAUGGCACCUAGGGGACUGGCACCCGAUACCAGGUUGGAUAAUGGGAGUAUGUCUCUCAUCGCAGUGAGAAACACUUCUAGGGCAGACUUCAUUAAACACCUGAAAAGAUACGGCAGUUUAAAGAAUCAAUUCAGCUUUCCAUUUGUUGAGACUUACACGGUACAGGAAGUAAAACUUAAACCACGAAGUGGAUGGGCUGAUGAUUCGUCUGAAGAAAAUGUGGAGUUUGAUACAAAACGCACACCCAUGAUUUCCAGUGAAAAAAACUACCCUUGGAACAUUGAUGGAGAUCUAAUGGAGGCAUCAUCAGAAGUCUAUAUAAGAGUGCACCCACGGCUCAUCACUUUGUUUGGGGUGACUACAGAAGAGUCUGAUGAUUCCACAGUGAAAUGCAGCUGUAUAUAAAAAGCCAUCAUAGAUACAACUUAGAAUGUAUGUUAUGUAAUCCCUAAAAUAAUACCUCAUCUACUAAAUGCACAUGAUUGACAAUUAUAUAUAUAUAUAUAUAUAUAUAUAUAUAUAUAUAUAUAUAUACACACACACACACACAAAUAAUUAUAUAAAGGUAUUGGACAAAAAAAUGGAAACACCUGGGUAAAUGAGGAACACCAAGUGUAUUGAAAGCAAGGGCUUCCACACAGGUGUGGCUCAUGCGUUAAUUAAACUAAUAACAUCCCAGCAUGCUUAAGGUCACGUAUAAAAAUGCUGGACAGGCCUGGUUGCCUAUAAUUAUGGCUAGCAUGGCUGCAAGAGGAGACCUCAGUGACUUUGAAAGAGGGGUGAUUGUUGAGGCGCGUUUGGCAGGAGCUUCAGUGACCAAGACAGCUCAACUUGCCGAUGUUUCACGAGUAACGGUGUCUAAGGUGAUUUCGGCAUGGAACUCCGAGGGAAAGACAUCAUCAGCAAAGGGCAACAGUGGGCGGAAGCACAUGCUCCAGGAUCGUGAUAUCCGUGCAUUAAUUUGAAGUGCAAGGCAAAACAGGCGAGCAACUGCAGAUCAAUUGACUGCAAAUUUCAACCUGGGGCGCGAGCGGCCAGUUUCAUUAAAAACGGUCCGCCGAGAACUCCACAGAGAAGGAUACCAUAGUGGCCCAACGCCCUACCAAGUGACUUUACAUUGGUGUUUCCAUUUUUUUGUCCACUACAUGUAUGUAUAUGUAUAUAUAUAUAUAUAUAUAUAUAUAUAUUAGAGGUUGGCACGGGUAGAAAAUCCAGAACCGAGUACCUGCCGUGAAAAAUACCUGGGUACCCGGUUCUUUUUCAGGGUAGUGAUUAAAAAAAAACAACAAAAAAAAACACAUACAUUAAUGUUUUAAGUGCAUCAUACAUAUUUAAAUACUAUAUAGUACACAUACAUUUAGUCCCUUUGGAUGUGUAGACUUGUGUAGCCUUUUUAAGUACUGGAAACACCGAAAUAAUAAUAAUAAUAAUAAUAAUAAUAAUAAUAAUAAUAAUAAUAAAACGUCUCAGUUUGAAUAGAGUUAUUAAUGUUAAAUGCACUCACUGCAUGCUCUGUGAUUCUUUGCAACAUCUACUACCAUAUUCCACUGUUGUUUUAAAACAUGGCCUCCAAAGGAGGAAGCACAAAUAUAUAUAUUUUUUAUUUAACCCAAAACAAAAUUGGUAAACGUUUCGUAAGUGUGAAUAAUGUUUUUACUGAUUUAAUUUUGUACCUACGCAUUUUGGAGUGCAUGCUUUUUCUUGUUAAUCUACUUCAUUAACACAGCUCACAAUACUGUAUGUAUUUGUUUAUAUAUAUUUUUUUUAAUAAAGGCUAUUUGAUCUUUUUGGGAAGAAACUAUAUCUGCGCAAUCACUGCAGAUAAAGCAUUCCGGGGCCAUAGCCAGCCAUGAACAAUCACGAAGCCCUUGUAUAGUAAGUUACAGUUUUUAUCCCGAGCAAGCCCCCAACCCCCUACCAAAAAUAAAGUAAUAAUAUUCACAAUUAAACUUUUAGAAUUGUUCAAAUUUGCAUAAACUGGGUCCCUUAAGCUGCAGUUAACAAGCCACUCCCACUAGCGAUUUAGCAUUGGAAUAAGCAGCUGGGUUCAUUAAACUGCGGGCUACCGACAUAUAUUAUUCCUUAUUAUUAGGCUGAUAUCUACUUCUUUAAUCAACAUUAUUACAGUACUUUGCCUCACCUUGUAAAAAAAAAAGUAAAUAAUCCUUGGUUGUAUCGAAGCCAUUUGAACGUUUAACUAGCUAUGGUGGUAUGAACUGAGUAGUAAGGUGUCGUCUGCAAUGCCAGUAAACAUUUUUGAAGCACACAGCAGUGGUAUAGAUAUAAGCAGGACUUGGGAAUUAAUGUAUGCACACGAGGGAUGAAAUGGAUUUUAUUUUGCGGUAAAACAAUGUGUAAAAGAGCCUAAUAAAUCAUUAUUAGUAUGAUUUUAUCCGAGGCCCGUGCCUCAUAGGUGACUAAGGGGUUGGUAUUGAAGCUGUGCCGACUAUUCUUCUCAGGAUCAAAAAUGGGAAAGAAAACAACAUAACAUCCUGUUGGGUUUAUGUCAGUGAUAACAUAAACCCAACAGGAUGUUAUGUUGUUUUCUUUCCCAUUUUUGAUCCUGAGAAGAAUAGUCGGCACAGUUGUUAUUAUUGAGGUGUACUUGCCACUCGCUGUGUGUUAUUGUUUUCUGUAAAACCUUGAUAUCCUGUCAGUUAAGAAAAGGCUUACUACAAAGCUUGUUUUAUUACGUUGUCUUUUGUUACGCUGGCCAUAAUUUAUUUUCAAAUUAAUAAUCGAACCCGGGUAGUAAAAAGAAACCUGGUUCGGGUAGGGUAAUUUAAGACCCAACGGGUACCUGGGUUUUUGGGUACCCGUGCAGAUCUCUAAUUAUAUAUAUAUAUAUAUAUAUAUAUAUAUAUAUAUAUAUAUAUAUAUAUAUAUAUAUAUAUAUAUAUAUAUAGACUUGAAAAAGAUGUAGAGCUCUUAACUUAUUGUCUAUAGAAUAUAACAAAAAUACAAAGCACUUUAAUAAAGAAAAUCACAGAACAUUACAUUAUCAGUGUAUAUAAACACAUACCAAUGUAUUGUAAUAAUUCAUGUUUUUUUAUAUAAAUGCAUUUUUACAUUACACAAGCAACAGUAUCAAUAUUUUACACUUAUUUAAACUGAUGAAGUACACCAUUGCAAGCCUUGAUAAUACUCUGUUUUUUUUAUUGCCAAACACCAUUUGAGCACCACUAUAAACUCUGCAGACAGCCUGAUUUCCUGAAUAACACAAAGGUAGCUGUUUUACACAGGCCUAUAUGUAUUUAAUACAUUUAAGUAAUUUUUUUGGUGUGUGUUAUUCUUUCAUAAUUCAUAUAAAGAAACGUGUACACGUGAGGGGGUUAUUUUCAAAAUGUGCUGCAUGGAUUUUCAGUAAGUGGUAUGAAAUGUUACGAUUUUCAUUAUAAAAGUAUAAAAAGUGCUUUGAGUUGUGUUUCAACAUGUUUGUCUGGUGUUGCUCAGUAUGUUGAAUAUGUAUAUAAGCACACUGUGGAUUUUUUUUUUUUUUUUUAGGUCCCAGAAUUUUAUUGUAAGAGUUUUACUUAAGAUAAGUUACCAAGCAAUGCAAACACUGUGUAGCAAGAGGUAAGGGAGUUUGUAAUUAAUUAAUUCAUUAUCUGGCUUCUGAGUUAGAGUCCCGUAUUCAUUAAGACACAAUUCACACAUUUGAUUAAGUGCCAGCAUUCAGUCAAACUAUUCAAAUUGUGUGGUUAAUAUUUAACACGGCAGUAAAUCCAACACAACUGAAAAGAAAGGAGAGCAUCUCUGACAGCACGAGCCUCCUCAAA